AUGCUCCUAAUAGGCCUAACCGGCGGCAUCGCCACUGGCAAAUCCACAGUCUCCAACAUCUUCUCCUCAGAACCCCACUCCCUCCCCGUAAUCGACGCCGACUCCCUCGCCCACUCCGUAAUCCUCCCAGGAACCCCCGCCUACCGCAAGAUCCUCAAAAACUUCCUCUCCACCACCCCGGGUCUCCUCCACGACCCUGAAACGGAUCCAAACCCUUCCCCCCUGGGGCCCAGUAUAAACCGAAAAGUCCUCGGUCGAAGGGUAUUCGGUACCUCCGAAGCGAAUAAAAGAGAUAUUAAAAUUCUCAAUGGGAUCGUACACCCCGCUGUACGUUGGGCGAUAUUUAGAGGGAUUGUUUAUUAUUGGUUACGUGGACAUUGGGCUGUCGUGUUAGAUAUCCCCUUACUUUUUGAAAGUAGAUUGGAUGUCUACUGUGGUGUAUCGUUAUUGGUAGGAUUGGAACCGGAACUACAGUUGGAAAGACUAUUAAAACGAGAUGCUUUCUUAACAAGAGAUGACGGAGAGAAACGGAUAGCCAGUCAGAUGCCCUUGGACAAGAAGAUUGGCUUCGCUGAUGUGGUCAUCUGGAACAACGAUAGUGAAGAGGAACUGAAGAAGGAAAUCGGAUUGUUCGUGGGGAGGUAUAAGAGACGGAGACCUUGGAUAUGGACUUUUAUCAUGCAGACUUUCUGGCCUGCGACUGCAGUGGUGAUCGCCUGGAGGUUAUUGGGGAAUUUCUUGAAAAGAAGAAGAUUAGAUGCAAAGGCGGCGAAGCAACAGUAG